ACAUUUAAACUGAACAGACCUCGCCAGAAGUCUGGAGCUGGCAUACUUACCAGUUAUUGAAUCUGAGUUAUACAUUAGAUUGUUAUGACAAACUGAAAAACUGAAAUAAAAAGAUCUCAUAGAGCGCAGUGUCUAAUUGGGUGAAGGGUUGAAGGAAAAUCUGUCUGAUUAGCCUUCUCUAACAGAAGGGGAUUAAGCUUUUAGGCAGUAAUUAUUAUAAAGCAUACGUCAGCAGUUAUCCACCCAUUUCAGGCGGACAGAGGAGCUGCAGGGGUGUCCUGCUUGGUGGAUGUGCUCAGGGGCCGUCUCAGACGUGGAGAGACCCGGGAAUAGAGGCAGGAACAGGAAUAUCCUCCUGAGUCAGUGCCACGACGCUGACACACCACACUCCCGGCAGGGCAGCCUCUGCUCCGAUAAUAAGCAUCCUAUGCUAUUCUGCUCAAGAUGGCGGUGCAAGCAGCGGAAAAGGACGGAAUAACUGUGGAGGAUGACCACCUGAACGACUCGCUGGGGAACCCCGGCCUCAUCUCACCUGACAAGGAGGAUUUAUCGCGUCUUCUGACGGUGCCAUUCAGCGGACGGAUCAGGGGCGGCAUGCGGCCAGGGAAGAAGAUCAUAGUGAUGGGCAUUGUCGACCUGGAGCCAGACAGUUUCGACGUGAGCCUGACCUGUGGCCGAGACUCGGAGAAGGAGGAACCUCCGUAUGAUGUGGCCCUGAAACUCACCGCCCGCUUCUUGGACCGCCAGUUUUUACGCAGUGCCCGUGUGUCUGGGAAAUGGGUUGGGGAGGAGGCGUCCACCUCCUACUUUCCCUUUAUCCCUGAUCAGCCUUUUAGGAUUGAGAUCCACUGUGAGCACCAGAGGUUCCGGAUAUUCGUGGACGGACACCAGCUCUUUGACUUUUAUCACAAAGUAAAAUCUUUGACCUCUAUCGACACAGUAAGGAUACAUGGAGAUCUACAGAUCACCAAGCUCGGUUAACUUCCCGCUCUUCCUGCUCCUCAAGUCGAGUGUGAAGCAUGGACUCGAGAUGACCACGCACACACACUCACAGUAUGCGCCUGUUACGUCAUCAUCCAUUACCCAUCAUGCAACACUGCGGCGACAAAGCAACUGGAAAAAGGCUCCGGCUGUGACAAGUUAGAGUUCCUCUGCUUUAUUUCAUUCACUUCUUUACAUUCCUUUCUUUUUGAUCUGGAUCUGAUACGGUGAAGCUUUGACGGUGAAUGUGUUUGCUCCAUUUUCAGGUUUUCCUCUCUGUAGCCUCAGUUCUGUCACAUCAGGGAUCUUAUGAUUUAUUAUUAGCAACUUCAUGUUGAAUCCUCUGGGGGUGUCGAGGCAGAUGCAGGUGUGGAGUACCCUCAAGGAUGGGAAACAUAACUCUGAAUUUACAGAAAUAAGCUACUCAGGAAAAAAAACAAUCUAGCAUUUAGCAACUUGUUUGAAAGCAAACUGUUGAUUUGGAAAAAAAUCUCCUUCAGAGGCUGAUGUUUUGAUUCUGCAGGAUAAUACUGGGCAUGUUAAGAGCUUUCAAAAGUUUUGGAACAAACUGCAAUGUGCACGUGUUGAAGCUUAAAAGUAGAGAAAAGGUGAGAAAACAGUUUCAAGGCGACAAAUAUACUAUAAAAUACAGCAUUAUUGGACUUCAGCAGUGUCAACGGGUUAUAUCUGAAUGUUAAAAUCAGGAUUUUCAAGAACAGAUAAAAAAAGUUUGAUAAAAAAUUUUCAGGUUGAUUGACUGUCAGAUUUUGGUCUUCCUUCUAAUUCUUACAGUUAUCUCUCUAAGCACAAUCUUCUGAUCUGAUCACAGAGUGCAGUGUUGUACCGUUUUCUCUGUGCUGAUGUAUCUCCAGCUCCACAGGGUCCUCCCUUGGGUUUAUCUCAGUUGGCAUGGUAACACGCUGCAGUUGCAACGACCCAAAUUCCCCAAAAUGAGGAUUAUAUUAUGACAUGAUGUAUCCGAAUCAUCCCAUGCUUUAGACUGUGUGUUUUGGUGCAUAUUUUUUUACCAGUCUCCUGCAGACAGAAGGCCAUGUGUGCUGGAGAAUCCUGACUGUUUACUUUGAGUGGCAAGGAGCGAAAAUGCUUUUUUAAGAGUAUUUUACAAUUUAACUCUGCUGUCACACUCGCAGAUUUUUCAUGCAAACCUCAUAGGAAUCAUACACUAAACAAGUAUGCAGCUAAAUGUCAUAUAAAAUAACUUGAUUUAGUGCAUAUUUAGGAGAAAAUGUGUUGUCAAAGUGUGCAGGUUUUGGCUGAGUGCAAACUUAAAUCCUUCUGUCACAUUUGGUUGCAGCCAGGCUUAUGGAAGCAGGGUCAGAUCCUGAAGGUAUUUUGAAUGUAUAGGAUUCAUGUUUCUAUAGUAGCUUGGAAGAUAUAGUGAUGCACAAAACUAUGAACUUAAUGUCACAGUUUUUUUUGGCGGUUUGGCUGGUGCUGUUUAGUCCACUUUCAGUACUACAGUAUUUCUUAUUUGUUCAAUGACUUUAUAAAUUAUUUCCCGGAUCAUUCCACAUCAGUGUCCUCACUGAGGCAGGGAGAUGGUAUGAAGAAGGCCCAUCUUUGUUUCAUAAAGCCAGCAGGUCUAAUAAUUGUAAUUUAUUGUGUCUUAAAUUUAAUAAUUGGUUUUGUCUCUGUAACUGCUACUCACUCACACACACACACACACACACACAGGAUGUUUUUCCCUUCACUGAGGCAGAACAGAAGUUAUGAUAAACACACAAUAACAGUGCAGGCUAUGUUCAAAUACUCACAGUGUUAAAAUUAAGUCUUAAGUUGCUCCGUUUACACCUUAAGUAUCAGUGUUCAAUGUGAAACUCCAAACCAGCUGUCCAAAACCACAAAACUCUUUAUUUAUUCCAAAAAAGAAGAGAAUCAGCAAAUAUUGAAAUUUAGGAAAUGGGAAUGGAUGCAUUAGAAAUUAAUAUAAUUCUUAUUAAUAUAUAGUAGUUGGAUUUAGGAUUAUUUUGAUGCACUAAUGGACAUAUGGCUGCAGCUCUGGGCUUUAUUAAUCGAUAAUUAAUAAUUUAACAAUGUCUUUUAAGUUACAGUCAUAAAUUAAUAAUGAAAGCUUUUGGGAUGCCAGGCUGUAAAAACAAUAUUUGGGAUUCCUCUUAUUUUUUUGUUAUUUUGAAAUAAUGGUGAACCAGGUAUUAAAGCAUUGACCAGUUGCUGGACACAUGUUUUUGUUUCACCCAUUCAAGAAGCAUUUAGAAGUUGCUGAAAGAAAUUUCACAGUAAAACAUGAAAGAUUUUGACAUUUUUACACGUAAUCUUAAGCUAACUACGGUUUCAUCUCCUCCUGUUGUUGUUAAUGUGGAGUAAACCAGGACUUCUGUGAGAGGAAGAAGUUGCUCCGGAUGCAUGCGUACAUUUAGUAUUUAUCAUCUUGAAUUAUAUGUAGCAGUAAGUUUAGCUGACGAGCACUGACAGCUCUGGAGCAUAACUUCUUUUCUCCUGGUUGAUCAGACAGGGUCUUCCUCAGCUCCCUGUUUUCGCUUGACAGGCGCUGGUUUAUUUCGGUCACAAACAGGAAAUGAGUACAGUUUGUUUUGAGAGGGCAGUGAGCGGUGCAGUUUGAAGUAGAUAUGAGCCAGCGUGAUGCCCCAUUACUCCAGCAUUCAAACCCAACAAAAGUGUGCAAAAAAUGUGUAGUAAGUGUGUCGAAAGGGUGUGUUUUAAUGUUUUUUCUAUGAACUGGUGACCACCCAUUUGUUACACUACAUUUUCUACAGUUUCCUGUAACAGUUUGAUAAAUAUGACCAUAAUUUAGCAGUGUGUUCUGUGGAUGUGGAAACACGAUGUAAGUUUUAUAGAUGCACAGGUUGAUAUGUUUUGGCAGCAGAAAACAGAAGUAGUGCUGGUGUUUGGAACUACGAGGGAGGGAGACAAACUUCUUAAUUAAAGGGCUGAAAUCAGGGAGGGUUUUGUGUUUAUGUGUGUGUGUGGGUGUGUGUGUGUGCAGGGAUCUGAGCUGUGUAUAUGUUUACUUUACAUGGAAGAGUGUUGAAGGUGCAUGAUAAGCUGGCAGAGUACUUGAGCUUAUCAACUUAUUUGGUACUUGCACAUCUUAAAAUAGUUUUUCGUCUUAAAGAAGCUGUAUGUAGGAUUCAGAGAUAUGAAGCUGCAAAUUUGCAGAUAACAACCAUGUCAAAACGACUUUUCCAUUCCUUCUCUUCUGAGUUGAAGGAGGAUUUAUGGCUUCUACAAAACUUGAAAAGAAAAAGAAACAGAGAAAGCAACAUGGUUAUGUAACAUGGACUCCAGGGAAGAAGACCUGCUCCCUCUGUUGGUAUCAACUGCUCAGUCUAAGUUGGUUAAAAAGUAACUGUUAUUAUUUGCAUGUGAUUACAAACUAAUGAGAACACAAUUAUGAACAUUAUUUUGAGUUUCUGAUUAUAGAUGCCCCUUAAUCCUACACACUGGUCCAUUAAGAUGUUCUGGUUAAAAAGAAGAGUUUCAAUCCAUGUGCUUGAAAAAUCUAAAAAAUAGAGUUGAUCAGAUACCAAUACCCCAACCAAUACAGUUACUAGUAUUUGUAUUGGCCUCUGAUACAAGCACUGGUACCAAUGCAGUAUUGGUAUUGUCAAGUAUGCCACUUAAUGCAGCGACCCCUGUCCCCAAAUUCCCUGGUUGUACGUAAAUUACAGUGUGACAGUAACUAAAAAGUGUUGUGCCAGCAGAGUGUAAUGUAAUUCAGAUCUAGCAAAAUGUCACCGAUCAGUGUUUUUCCACCAGUGUAAUGUACAUAUUUAUAAAUUUUCACAAUUGUAUCAAUACUGUUCUCAAUAUUCACCAGUACUAAAGUCAAGGUAUCAGACUCAGAGAGGCAAAACUGUUAUCAUAACAUGUCAAACAUAAUAUGUGUUUAUUUCUGAAUAUACUUUGUUCAAUACAGCAGAAUCCAGUUUCUGAUCUCCUUGUGAUCCUGUGUGUUUUGACGGACAGUUCCAAGAAAUAAUAAUUCUUCUUUUUUAAAUUGAUUUUAAUUAUUCUUCAACCCUUUAAAAAUGCAACUGAAAAACUGAAUGUUAUUCUUCUUCUGAUUGUAAUCAAAUGAUGAAAACCCAGCUGCAUUCAUGUUCAAAAAAAGUGAAAUGGACCACCCUUUCUCCCCUGAGUGAAAGAAGGGUGUAUGAUGUAAGAGAAACUUACCCCUGCUCUUAGACUUUGGAUGUACAUAUUUUGGGACAUGGCCUCCUUUUAACACAAGGAGUAUCAGGCUGAGUUACCAGCAGAAAGCAUUUUGUUGUGCAUGUAAACUACGUGGCAGUUCGUGUACAUGGAAGAUUGAGAUAUCAUAUUGUCAGUGUUGGUCCAUUCAAGCAUGCUAUUUCUUUUGUUCCAUCUACUGUGUAAGGCGUGUUUUGAGGCAAGAUACCCCCUUGUGGCUGUAUUUUACUCUCCUUCUGUUCAGCCCAGUAGUAAUACAGAUCAUAGCUUACUAAAUUAAUAACUUUGGUAAAAUUACCAUACAGAUGCACAAAGAAAGAUUAAGGAUUCAGUAUAAGAAACACAUUUUUUUCAUCCAGGACAUUUUAUUACUUUCCAAAAAAUGAUCAAACCUACAUAACUGUUGUUAUGAUGGCUACAUCAUUAUGUCCACGCACAGUAUGAAGUGUACACUGAGUAGAAGUAGGCUGAAAUAUUGCUAAUGUGUUGUGUGGUUGUACAAUCAUGUUAUCAUUUCUAUUUAUUACAGUGUAACCAGCAGGGUUGUGUGUGGUGACCUCAAACCUACUGUAUUGGUAACGUACUCAUGUUUGCUGUUUAUAUGAAGGCAUCUUGAAAAGUGGAGGUUUUUUUAUAAUGAUGAAAGUGUCUUUGGUUCAGGGCUGACAUGUUAGAAUAUAACAUGUUGAACUUUACAUUGUACUUUACUUACAUAUGACACUAACAAACGUGUAACAAGUGUCAGAAGAAAUACUCUCUUUUGUUAACUGCAAAGCAAGGCUAACCAUUGUUUGACUGUAGUGUUUUUCAGGAUGUACCAAGUCUGAGGAUAACCAGGGUGUUUUGACUUUUUUCUUUUAUGUCACAAAGCACGAUGUUCUGUUUUUCUGCAAAGCAGCUUUCACAAAUCUGCUCCACAAAUAACAGGAACACUCAUAUUUAUGACAUGAUGCUAAUUCCCAAAAUAUCCUGAGGUGACCCUGAUUUUGUGUUUCAAUGAAAAUGUGCACUUGACCAGUGUUUAGAUGAAGACGGUACAUUCUACCACCGUGGUAUAAGACCUCUCCAGAUGUUUCUUUUUCCCGCCUCAUGCUUUUGUAAAAACAGCUACUUUGCAAACCAAUAAACUUCUCAUCUUGCAGAUGGUUA